AUGCUGUCCCAGUUCUCGGCCAUACCGCCAGUCAUUGAUGCCGACUACCCUGCCGCCAGCCAGCGGCCUCAACAACAGCCACAGCAAUGGGCCGUGGGGUCCAUACCGCUCACCGCGGGACUGCCUCCAGACUGGCUGGCGCAGAUUCCUCGUCAAGCUGACCAGCCCACACCGGCGCUACAACAGCAACUGCCACCGGUAGCUAGCAGUGCUGAGCGCGACAGCAGUGGCUCGCAGUCGACGCCAACCUCGAUGAUGGACGAGUUGCGAGAUCUGAACAUGACUGAUUUGGCGAUGACGGAUUUGAUGGGAACCUCUGGCUACGACCGGCUGUGGGAGCCAUACUUGGCCAACUCGCCUGUCGGCGAUGGCCGUCUUGUCGGAGGUGAAUCGCAGGGGGACUGGGACUCCAAGGCAGCCGAUGGCGAUAUCUCUCGUCGUGCAUCCACUAGCAUGCACCAGCCGGCUCGGUUUUUCCCCUCCACAUUUCGCCCCAAGUCAAAGGACUGCUUCAGUCAGGCCCGCAUCAACCUCCAACAGUUGGAACAGACGUUGAAAUCGCAGGAGCAAUGGGGUACAAGCUGGGCCCCUACCAAUCAGUCUACUCGUGUUAGAGCCCAAACAUCUGCCGAGCCUAUCACAGAUAGUACCAGAGAUCAGUUGCUAGUUGUAACCCAAUUACUCCUUCAACAGUCUCGGAGCAUCCAUGUUCGCAAUUCGUCAUCCAUUCACACUGAUGCACACCCACUAAAUGCAGUGCUGAUUACUCUUCCACCAACCAAAGUACUUGACGACAUGAUUCGGGCUUAUUCCAGCAACUUUGAUCAAUAUUUUAAACUGUACUCCAGCCCGGUUCUCAAGCCAAAUGACCUGCUUGCGCAGCUUCCCCAGCAUGGCAAAUUGCCUGGAAUUGUCCUCCUGUUGAUGAUUGCCAUUGGUGCGGCUGCUCUCCCCACUCAGGAAUGCCAGAAUUUCGCCGUAGGUCUAGCCGAGAUGUGUCGUAUCUCUUUAUCAGAGCUCCUCGAACGAGACUUCUCCAUUACGACAGAGCCAAUGGUCUCUUCUUGUGCCCUUCUUCUUCUUUAUCUUGGUAUGUGGUGUGGCGAACGCUGGCUAAUGGGGAUUUCGAGCGCUCAAAAGGCGAUGUAUGUCCACUUGUUUCGCAAUGCAACACACCUAGAAACCCCUGAUACCCACCAACCUUUCUUCGGUGCUCUGGAUGUUGACCAGGCUUGGAGCAAAUGGAAAGAUCAAGAGUUCAAAUCUCGGCUUACAUAUGCCUGGGUUAUGGCCGAUCAGGAAUGGAGUCUGUUUUAUGACACUGCAAAUAUAUUCUCGGUUGAUAUGUUGAUCGACCCGAUGCCUGCAGAUGAUAAGCUUUGGAAGGCUGCUAGUUCCACUGAUUGGGCUCAACUGGUGCCGGAAUACUUGUCAAAUACAUCACAGAUCUCGCUCCGUGAUCUUUACAGCCGUUUUAUGAACGGCGAGUUGCGGGUCGUUCGCGGACCUGGCUUGAGCCUUCUGUCGCUCAGACUCUUGCUGAUGCCGCUCCAAGGAAUGGUCUGCCAUCUUCGUCAAUGGCUGCAGACUUUCUCUAAUCGUCCCGUCCGGUGGAAGCGAAGUGCGCAGGCCCUAUCGAACUCAGCAAUCCACGCUCAGCUCGACCAGGUGCGUGGGCUACUUAUUGAGUGGUUCACCCUAGCAUCUCACUCAUCAUCUUCACCAUCCACGGACUCACCUUUUUCAUUGGCCACCCUUGUCAUUUACCAUCUGGUAUCCCUGAACACAAUAUCGGGUUUUCCCGAAAUUGAAGACGCUCUCGCCAACGGAAUGAUGCCCGAUCGUGGCUCCUGGAACCCUGCUGUUGGUGGUGUGCAGGGCCCCGAUGUUUCUGUUGUUGCACAAGACUCUGAAGAGGAGGUUCUUUUCCAUUGCGGUCAAGUACUGCGCUUAUAUCGCCUGAUGCCUCAAAAGGAGCAACCUCUAUGGUGGCCAGGCGUAAUCUACCGGGUUGCUCUUAUAGUAUGCUUCAUCGCCAUUGCUCGCCAUCCUUUCGAUUGGCAACAGCCAAGAAGUUCAAGGGCAACUAGCUGGACGACAGGGUCUGGGGAUAAAGACAACUCCCGCACCUCCACUACCACCAAUGGUAAUGCGGGUGGCGAUAUACUGUCAACGAGUGCAAGCAGCUAUACCCUUGAAUCCGCAAUGGCUUCGUCAUCUGGCAACCAACUCCAAUUCAAUCGUCGUUUUGCACUGGAUGGCUUACCUGCUGACCACCCCACAUUAGUUAACUUUCUCAAGUACAAGGAUGGCGAGCCCACGCUGACUUACCGGGAUGGCCACUUUGCGAGUCUCAAGAAUCCGGAUGAAAUCUUCCGGUAUUUUAUUGAGAUGCUGGAUGGAGGUCGUGAUAAAACGGACCAUGGCAUGGGAUCUCAAAAUCUUUCUGGAACACAGCUACAAUCCAGUGUCAGAAGUGCUUUGGAAUCCGUGGCUGAUCGGUGGGGGAUACACGGCCGGUGA